AAAACAAUAAAAUCGUCAACAAGCGAAAGAGUUGUACACACCAUGAAAGAGAUACGUCUAGUGAAUAAUGCAACUUGUUCAUACUAUAAUGUCGACGAUAGUGUCGCUUUUACGCAUUGAAGAAAAAUGACUUAACGAGUGGUCGACCUUAUUGUGACUCAUUAACGAAUGCAAGCAGGAGUGCGAGCUUCGUUAUGUUGCCGUUGCAGUGGAUUAAAACUAAAGGCUUUAUAAUACGAUCUGACACAGGGACCAGAAUAGAACCGGGAGAUACGGCGUGCUUAAAAGCAUCCUUUACGAUAAAACGGUGUUCUAAUUGCUGAACAAAACAAUUACAAGGAAUUAUGACCCUUACGAGCAGCCCGUGUGAGCUAGACAACAUGAGCUUGUUUCAAGACCUCAAGUUGAAAAGGAGAAAGGUCGACUCCCGAUGUAGUAGCGACGACUCCCCGGUAUCCCUCGGAUCAGCAGGCUCGCCGCUCGGGAUCCAGCCGGCGGACGCUCCUUCACCCAUAAACUUUCCUGCUCCAGGGGAGAGCAUGGCUGACACCUCGACCCUGUCGCCGGAGGCUAACAUGCCGGGCUCGCCGGGCUGCCCCGUGGUCAAAGUGAAAAGCGAGUAUCUGCUAGGCAUCCCGAGUCCAGGGACACCGCGAGAUCCUCUCCGCGGAACUGGGCUGGCAAGUGGCAUGGAAGCUCGCGACACAUCCUGCUCGGACCGUGCGUCGCCCGAUUCAGUCUUCCCGGAUGCCACUUCGAUGGUGGGCUUCAGGGUGGUCGAAGAGCAACAACAGCACCAUCAGCACCAACAGCAGCAACAGCAGCAGCAGCAACAACAGCAGCAGCAGCAGCAACAACAGCAGCAGCAGCAGCAUCAACAACAGCGUGCUGGUACCCCGAUACCAACCAGAAUGUCGCCUUACUCGCCGAUGCAAGCGGUCUCCACGACUCCCAUGCCCCAAGAACCGACCUCGAGGAGCGACAGCCCCGACAAGGGUGACCUUUCGUCGGCCCAGACCAAGGAGGAGUCCGAUAACUCGGUUUUCGAUGGAGGAGGCGGCGGUGGUAGCGGCGGUGGUGGUCGUUCAGAGACCUCCAGUCAACCUAGUCACCGGAGCAGUCCAUCUUCCCAGUACAGCCCUAGCCAGAGUAUGAGCCCCAGCGCGAGCACCACGCAUGGCUCACAACAACAGCAGCAGCAACAACCGCAGACACCCCCGACGCCGCCCAGACCCCGGGUACCCUCGGUACCGCCUCAUCUUCUGGCUCAUCAUCAAUUUUGGUCGCAAAACAACGGUGUUCAAGGAUUCGCCACGCAGAGGCUACUUAACGGGGUGAUCAACAGCGCAGUGUCCUACGGGCAGAACGUUGCUGUCGCGUCCACUAGUAGCAGCACGAGUUUGAGCACCAGUACGGGUAGUGGCGGAGCUACUUCCACCAGCACUGGGUCGACUAGUACUGCCUCCUCGUGCGAAACGAUGAAACCACCGGCGCAGAGGNNCGCGCCGGCACCCCCGCGACCACCACCGACGGUGAUCAUGGGCGAAAUCGGUGGCGUCAGAACGAUGAUAUGGUCAGCGCCACCUUUGGAUCCCGUACCACCGCCAGCGGCAUCGUGGACCACCACGGCCGCGGCAGCAUCCUGUUCCUCGUCGGAGGAGUCGGCUGCUCAGCUGCUCCUGAACCUCGGGCAAGAGUCCAGGGGCAAACCACCCUCUGUUUCCUACUCGUCCGGCCCUCCGCUCAACAUGGAGAGGUUAUGGGCCAGCGAGCUCACGCAGCUACCGGCUGCGCAACAGAUGCAGGCAUUGAACCUGACGGCUUCCGGUUCCGGUCAAACGUGGGCGAGGAACGGAGGUGUUGUCAAGUCCGAGUCGGCGUCGCAGUCGCUGUCGGUCGCACCCCCUGCACCACCUAUGCCACCUCAGGAACACGAGGAAGACGAGACGCCUAUGAUAUGCAUGAUUUGCGAGGACAAGGCUACUGGUUUGCAUUAUGGUAUCAUCACGUGCGAAGGGUGUAAAGGUUUCUUCAAGAGAACCGUGCAAAAUAGGCGGGUGUACACGUGCGUGGCGGAAGGUGGCUGCGAAAUCACGAAAGCCCAAAGGAACAGGUGUCAGUACUGUCGCUUCAAAAAGUGCAUUGAACAGGGUAUGGUUCUUCAGGCCGUUCGAGAGGAUCGAAUGCCUGGAGGAAGAAAUUCUGGUGCUGUGUAUAACCUUUACAAGGUGAAGUACAAAAAGCACAAGAAAAGUAACAAAGCAAGCGGAGUGGGUGGAAGUAUGGGUGGCAUGAGUAGCGGCGGUAACGUUGGUGGCGUUAACGGGUCGGGAUCCCUUGGUGGUAAUAAAAACACCAUGGGCUCGACGAUGCUCGAAAAGCAUAUGGCUGUGGCUGCAGUCGCACACCAUAGCCAACAGCAACAUGCUCAGUUAGCCAGUGGUUUUCUCCACCAUCAUAAAAUUUCGUCGGGCGACCCGCUCAACUCACAAUCUACCACCAGUCACUCGAGUCACCCUGCACAUUCGGGCCACCUUGUUAACGGUACGAUCCUGAAGACGGCGCUUACCAACCCCUCCGAAGUGGUACAUUUAAGACAGAGGCUAGACAACACAGUGAGCAGUUCGAGGGAUCGAUCGUUCCCUUUCGAUGCAACCGUCGCCAUGAUCCAGUCCCUCAUAGACUGCGACGAGUUCCAAGAUAUCGCCACGUUAAGGAACUUGGACGAGCUGCUGGACCAUAAAUCAAACCUAAGCGACAAGCUGUGUCAGAUAGGAGACAGCAUAGUGUACAAGUUGGUGCAGUGGACCAAAAGGUUACCCUUUUACCUUGAGCUACCGGUCGAAGUUCACACGACGUUGCUCACCCACAAAUGGCACGAAAUCCUGGUGCUGACCACCUCCGCCUAUCAAGCGAUACAUGGUCAGCACAAGUUCUCCAAUGUCGGUUCCGACGUGAUGGGGGCGGAUUUUAUGCAAGAAGUUUCGAACAACAUGUAUACGUUACAAACGUGCCUAACGAACAUGAUGGGCCGACCGAUAACCAUGGACCAAUUACAGCAAGACGUAGGGCUCAUGGUGGAAAAAAUCACGUACGUCACGUUAAUGUUCAGGAGGGUGAGGCUACGGAUGGAAGAGUAUGUCUGUCUGAAAGUAAUCACCAUGCUCUCGCAAGCACGUGGAGGUACAAUGGAAUUAGAGCAUCUACAAGAACGGUACAUGAGCUGUCUGCGAAGUUUUGUCGAACACAGCGCGCCUCAACAGCCGAAUCGAUUUCACGAUCUUCUCGUCAGGUUGCCUGAAGUACAAUCGGCGGCAGCUCUUCUACUCGAGAGUAAAAUGUUCUACGUUCCUUUCCUAUUGAACUCAACAAUUCAAAGAUAG